AUGGUUGUUGAUAAAUGGUUUUACCCCGGUGUCGCUACCGCCAAUGCGUCUUAUCGCUUUCUAGCGAGUGGGCGGCGCGCAGUGACGCUGGUCAUAACCUUGAUUCUGGUAGGAGCCGUGUUGUUGACACGCACCCAGACCGUAGUUUCGGGAAAGCGCUACUAUGACCUUGUGGUGAACGGUGUUCUUGCUUCUCCACCCGCGGUGCCAGUUAUCAACACCGACUAUCCUCCAAACUAUGAUUGGCUCAGACAGUGGGAGCACGAUCUUCCCCAACACAACUUCAGCCUACCAGCACCCGAAGGCAAGACGGGUCGUUACGUGAAAUUCUCGAGCCAGACACAGAUGCUUGGAUGGAACAAUGUACUUGGCGUGGUGCUCAUGGAUGCUCAUCUUGCGCACGAGUCCGGUCGGGCUUACGUUUUCCAAGAUUACAUAUGGGAGCCAGCGCAUUAUCCGUGGACGAAGAAGGAUGAAUACGACUGGCCCCCGAAAACGCCCCUGAGCGCCCUUCUUGCUGGGCCCGCAGCAGGUGGUCUUUGGGAACCAGACGACGAUACACCACGAUCUAUCUCCUCUGAGUGGUUUGAUGUCGUCUGCCCUCGGUCAGAACGUCGUUUCAUCCCCACCUCAGAAGUCAAGCAACAUGUAGGAUGGUCGGAGGGGGAUGUCAUGUUCGACACAUGGGUCAGCGUCCUCCGCGAAGCUCCGGAGUCAUGUAUCGAGGUCACCACAUCCCCUGAAGAUUCCUUCCCUCAGGUAUUCGACCUGUGGUUAUGGGGAAAUACCCGGCUGCUCUCCAUGUGGGAGCGCUUUUCGAGUUCGCCCACUUCUCGACUUCUUGCGACCUCGCCUAUCGUCAAAUCUGGUGUCGAUAAGAAUGAGUACCUCUUCCUACCAAAGGGUCCUCGUCCUCCCCAUCCAGCCAGUCAUAAUCCAUACGAGCGUAUGCUUGCCAUGCACCUGCGUCGUGGAGAUUAUGAGGGUGCUUGCAAGCAUUUCUCCUUGUAUAGCUCUACAUUCUAUGGAUGGAACCAGCUCGAAUUUCUGCCUGAUCGGUUCGCUGUACCCCCAGGUGAAUACGGUCCAGAAAGAGAUGCUGUUUAUAUGGGCCGAUGUUUGCCUACCUUCGAGGACGUUAUCAAGAAAGUGCGGCUGGCGCGGACGGAGUAUCUGCAGGGAACAGGUAAAACGUUGGACGUGAUGUAUUUAUUGACUAACGAGAAGGGAACGUGGUUGGAUCAAUUGAGGGAGGCGUUGCGAGUCGAGGGAUGGAGCACGAUACGGACGAGUAGAGAUCUCACUUGGGAUUCUGCGGAGCAGAAGGAGCUGAGUAUGGCGGUUGAUAUGGAUAUCGCUCGGCAAGCAGCUGUUUUUGUCGGGAACGGGUGGUCCUCUUUCAGUAGCAAUAUUGUGCAUCGAAGGCUCGUUGAUGGGAAGAAACCGAUGAGUACUCGAUUCUUCUGA